AAAGCGACAAUAAAAAUUAACUAAUCUCUCUAGAGCUGAAGCAAAGAACAUCAGAAUCCAAGUAUCUUGCAUCACAAGUAUCUACUCUAUAUAUACAAACAAAUAAACCAAUGUGUGACCACAAGCUCAACCUAGAACCAAUGCCGUUGAAAACUUCGCCAGCGCAGCCACUGCGCCGCCCUAGCCUUGUAUGCUACGUUUUUCUCGUCAUACUAACUCUAAUCUUCAUUGCAGCUGUAGGUUUCCUCAUUACCUGGCUUGUAACCAAACCCAAGAAACUUCAUUACACUGUUGAAAGCGCCUCGGUUAGAAACUUUAACCUUACCAACGACAAUCACAUGUCAGCUACAUUCAAAUUCACCAUACAAUCGCACAACCCUAACCACAGAAUCUCGGUUUACUACAGUUCCGUCGAGAUAUUCGUUAAAUUCAAGGACCAGACACUUGCGUUCGACACGAUGGAGCCGUUUCACCAACCGCGGAUGAACGUUAAGCAGAUUGAUGAAACGUUGGUUGCGCAAAACGUUGCCUUUUCCAAAUCCAAUGGUAAGGAUUUGAGGUCUCAAACUUCGUUGGGAAAGAUUGAGUUUGAAGUUUUUGUUAAGGCCAGGGUUAGGUUUAAAGUGGGGAUAUGGAAGUCAUCACAUCGUACGGCUAAGAUUGAGUGUUCUCAUGUCACGGUCUCUUUGUCGCAGCCAAACCAAUCCCAAAAUAGUUCGUGUGAUGCUGAUAUUUGAUUAGUAAGUUUGCAUUGUCAGUUCAUUCAUCGUGUUGUCCGUAACAGGUUAUGCUCCAUCAAGAGUCAUGGUAACUCGAAUCUUGAAGAUGGACUGCGUUUAUUUUCAGCUCUAAGAUCUACUCAAAGAUGCAUAUAAUGUAAAAAUUGAUUUUUUUGGGUUGAAUAAAUUUAAUAUUUCAUUCAA